CGCGCGGGGGAAAGGAGGCCCCUCAUAAGAGCGCCGGCCGACGAACGCGAUCGCAAAACAAAGCCAUGCGCCGCCGGGGACUAGUCGACGCGUACCGGCUCCUGCCGUCCACGAUGCUGCUGCCGUUCGUCCUCCUCGUGGCGUCUUCGCCAACUUUGCUCGCCGGUGCCGCCUCGGAGUCCAGCGACAUGGCCAUGAACUACCUGGAGAAGUUCGGCUACAUCGCUCCCACCAAGAACGGCACGGCGGCGCUGCGCUCUGAGGAGGCCCUCGUUGACGCCGUCAAGGAGUUCCAGCGGUUCGCUGGCCUCAGGGUCACCGGACGAGUCGACAACGAGACGGCGUCCACCAUGCAGCUUCCCCGCUGCGGCGUCCGGGACAAAGUAGGCUUCGGACUGGACGCUCGUCGGAGGAGGAGGCGUUACGCACUGCAGGGUUCCAAGUGGGCCAGCAACGAGCUCUCCUAUCGCAUCAGCAAGUACCCACGCCGCGUCAAGGACCGGGUGGCCGUCGACAAAGAGAUUGCCAGGGCCUUCAAGAUGUGGUCCGACGUAUCGCCGCUCACCUUCACGCACAAGAAGACGGGCCCCGUGAACAUCGACAUCCAGUUCGUGCGCGGCGAGCACGGCGACGGCGACCCUUUCAACGGGCCGGGCGGAACCCUGGCGCACGCCUUCUUCCCGCGCUACGGCGGGGACGCCCACUUCGACGACGAAGAGAAGUGGACCAUCGAUGAGUACACGGGCGUGAACCUUUUCCAAGUGGCGGCGCACGAGUUCGGCCACUCCCUGGGCCUGUCCCACUCGGACGUGCGACGCUCGCUGAUGGCGCCCUUCUACCGGGGCUUCGAGCCGGGCUUCCAGCUGGACCGCGACGACAUCGACGGCAUCCAGUCGCUCUACGGUGCCGUGCACAGAACGACCAAGACGCCGAGCAAGGGAAGCCGCAAGCCGGCGCAGCCUGGUCCCGACCUGUGCCAGGACGCCGCCAUCGACGCGGCCACCAGGACCGAGGACGGCAGCUCCUACGUGUUCAAGGGUGACUAUUACUGGAAGAUUGAGACUGACGGCAUAGCCGACGGUUACCCGAGGAGGAUAUCGGACGACUGGGGUGGCCUUCCAGGUCACAUCGAUGCAGCGCUGACGUGGUCCGACGGAAAGACCUUCUUCUUCAAGGGGGGGAACUACUGGCGCUUCCGAAACAAGCAGGUGAGCAAGGGCUACCCGCAGAAGAUCAGCGUCGGCUUCCAGGGCAUCCCGGACAACCUGGAUGCAGCGCUCGUCUGGAGUGGCAACGGAAAGACGUAUUUCUUCAAGGGCAACCAGUACUGGCGGUACGACAGCCGCAACGAAGUGCCCGUCAGCGACCGCUACCCGCAGCCCGUCAGCAAUUGGAACGGUUUGCCCGGCCACUUGGACGCAGCUUUCCAAUGGCAGAACGGCUACUCCUACUUCUUCAAGGGACCGCACUACUACCGCUUCAACGACAAGGACUUCGGGGUGGACAAGGGCGACCCGCCGUACCCGCGUGCCACUUCCGUCUGGUGGUUCGACUGCAAGGCGAUGUCCAGCGCCAUGGCCCAGCAGCAGGCGUCCUCUCGGCGGCACCCGGAAAGCGCCACGGCGCACGUGCUCGACCGCACCGAGGCACCGAUGGCUGCCAGGGUCCCGGUGCGCCCGCUGGGACUGCAGAGGGACGCCGCGCCAGAGGCGCCCGAACUCGGACCCGUCGCGCACGCCGAACCUCCGCCGCCAACCACAGUCGCCGCCGGUGCCAGCACCCUGGCCUCCGGCACCGCAGCGCUCGCGCUCCUGGCGGUUCCCUUCUUCAGGCCGCUCGUGUGAAGACCACGUCCGAGCUUCUACGGAACGCAGUGUGGGUUCUGGAGAUGGCUUGCGCCACAGUCGCCUUGCCUGCUAACCACAUCACAGGCAAGGCAAAGAAGCAGCGUUCCUGAGAGGGCAUUUCUGUGCAAGCCACACACGACAGUUGGUAGGACUGCUGCGGGAAGACGUGCCCAAUUGUUGUACACACGUUCACCCUAGUUCUUAAAGCGCGUGCUUCUCGAGAGUUUGUAGAUGACUAUGACAACGCUCGGAUGGCCGCUUGGGAAAAGCCUGGUACUUGCGCAGAAGGAGCCUAUGGGAUCAGUACCUUGCUCCGAUGUUGACGAUGUGCAAGCGGCCGAUGGAGUUAGGCACCGGGGAGCCUGCAAGGCGUGCUUCGUUUUGCAAUCUUUCUUGUUUGUAAAAGCUCAAGCGCCAUCCUAUUGUCAUGGUGUGCUUCGACCGGUGGGCUUGUUAUUUAAGCAUAAUUUCACCAGAUCGCAAAGUUCGCGAGUUCUGCAGAGACGAAGCUUGCGGACAACUUUGGCCAAGUAUCUGCUUUGUUGAAGAGAACGUGCCACAUCUCUCAAUUCGCGUCUUCAAGCGCCUCAUCAAGAUUUCGUGGUCCAAUCCCUUGUUUUGGAUGACACAGACACCCUCAUCUUUUUCACACGUGGACAGUUUUGUAGUGACAACUCAUGUGUGUGGUGGAGCCUCCUGACCGUGUCGGGAGGAGGUUGUGAAUUUGCGGCUCCUUCCAUGAAGAAACCGGACAGCCGAAAGUCACCUUUUCUUUAUUUUUUUUUCUUGCAUUUCGCUAGCGUUUCUCUUAUUUCUUACUGCUAGGUGAGUGGCGAAUUGGUUGAGGACUGAAAGAACUGUUUGUGUUCGUUAAGUGCGGUUCCCGAAAAGUGCUCCUCUCCUUUGUGGAAUCACGAUUCGUUCCGACCAUUCUUGAAAAUGCAUCGAGAGUUAUACAACAGCCUUCCCUCACUCUUACUCGUUUGGAGUAUAGCUCUGGCAGGAGUCAAGAGGACCGCUCAGCGUACAGUCAAUCUCAGUGUAACCGAUAUGUGAUAAGGCCCUCCUUUUGGUCAUCUUUUUCACAGUGCAAGUAUAGCUGCCGUGGAUCCGAUUAACUUCGAACUUCAACCUUAUCUUUGGCAGCAUUUUCGGGAGCGCGAGGAACGGAUAUGCGAAGGAUAGGCGGUUUCCUUUGUGUAUAGGAGCCGUGGCAACGCGGGAGCCGGAGUGAAAUGUGACAAGCGCGUGGCGUGAUAGUGCCAGGCAGCGAGCACCAGUACGUGUAGUGGUGCCGCCGCCAUUCACCAAAGACUGACCAAGAGGGGCGCAGGCCGCCCCCCCUGGCGCCCCCCCUCCCAUAUCAACCCCAACUCCCCAACCGUCCGGCUGGCCCGGGCUCUGCCCAGAAGGCGGCCGGACCCCAGGGCGCUCCCUAGCUACCGCACCCUUCACUCAUCCUCCGCUGUGCGUUUUGUUCCUGCGAGGACACCACUAAGGACCCGCGGCAGCGCGCUACGUCGUUUCAAUUUCUCGCAGCCAAAACGCUCGGAUCUCCCGCGGCGUUCGCCUCCCGACGACGCCCGUGGGAGUUGGUUGUUUAUUCAUUAAAGUCGUUUGCCAUUGUG